AUGUCGUCGACGUUGGAAAAAUAUGAAAAUUUCCUCGUGAAGAACGUCUCCACCAUCUCCACCCUCGAAUCCUCGCUGAGGUCUGUAACAUGGUUUCUACCUGGACGGUUCAAAGACGCCGAUCUUGCUUCGGAGGGUCUGUCUGCGAUACUGCAUGUGUCCAGCAUGUAUCAUGAUACCCUCCUGGCCAGAGUUGUGCAGAGUGAUCCUCAUUGGAAGCCUAUACUUCCCAUCCCCUUGCACACGCGCUAUACCCGCGCCUGGUCAGACAAGGAAACAUUAUACAAAUGGGCUGCUCGAUCUUUAGAGCUUAUUCGUUUUACACAACUCCUUGUUGAAAUGCUGCUUCGGAGGAAAGUCUCGGGCAAGAACCGGUGGAGAGGCAUUGUGUUCCUCGAAACUGUGAAAAUGAUUUUACGGUUCGCGCUACUGAAGAUCACGACAAGACCACUUUUGUCUCCUCCAAUUCCAGAACGCGACAUUGAUCCAGCAUCGAUGCCCCCUAGCUCUACGCACACUUCUCCGACGCUUGCUCCCACUUCUCCGUUGUCGUCUUCUCCACCGACUCCGGAUCACCUCAAGAAUAAUUACAUUCCCUUGCAGCCAAAUGCUUUGAUGCUCGCCCCCUCACCACCUGCCCGUGCUGACAUAUCAGUGGAGGAUUAUCUCCUCCCUAAAGCUCUUACGACGUCAUCUGUUAAGCCCUCUAUGCUACUGAUGAAGCCUAUGUCAUCGCCCUUGGAGUGGGUUUCUGAGUGCAUCUACAUCAUUCGCCCCUUGGUUUACGCGAGUAUGUUAAGUAUCAAGAAACACAAGGAUAAGGCUCUUGUGACUGCUUUUGCCAUGGAGCUUAUCUCUCGUAGUUUGAGGCGGACGCCCUCAAAUUCUGCGGAUCUAGAACGUGAAGAAUAUGCCCGCAGAGACAGGGAUAUUCUCUGGUACCUUCUGCGUGGCUCUGUAUGGGAGACAUAUUCAAGGCCCAAAGUUGAGGCUGUUGUGGAGAAGACUGCUAAUACGCCGAUACUUGGAGUCCUUAGUUCUAUCGUGAAGGACUGGAUACCUCUUGUUGAUGGAUAUUAUUAUUGUGAGUAUUUUUAA